ACGCGGCAGCGCGUUUAUAAUCCGCUCAAGCGAUGAGUAAACAACCGAUAGACCAACAGCGGAUGGCUUUGCUUCUCGUCAUUUCUCGGUGAGACUCGGCGGACGUGCUUCGGACGACGAGGCGACUGCUUUUCUUCCCGACCCGACCCGACCCGUCACCGACUCUGCGUGUAAAUGCUCACAGACAAGAUGAUGAUGUCCCCGUGGGACCGCUGGUUCUCCACAAGCUGCUGCCUGUGCUGCCAUGUCCGCACAGGAACCAUCAUCCUGGGGGUCUGGUAUAUGCUCAUCAAUGCCGUGGUGUUACUCAUCCUGCUCACGGCCCUCAGUGAUCCAGAAAAGUACCAUCUGACCAGUGCCGAGUUGGCCAAUGACCUGGAUGUCAUGGAUGAUGCCAACAUGUGCAUUGCCUCAGCAAUCUCCCUGUUGAUGAUCCUUAUAUGUGGAAUGGCAACAUAUGGUGCAUAUAAGCUGCGUGCCGCGUGGAUCAUCCCCUUUUUCUGCUACCAAAUAUUUGACUUUGCUCUCAACGCCCUGGUGGCUGUCAGCAUUGUGGUGUAUCCAAACACAAUACAGGAUUACCUGCAGCAGCUGCCGGAUAAUUUCCCUUACAAAGAGGAAGUGGCUGCGCUCAGUAACAUCUGCCUGGUCCUCGUUGUGCUGCUCUUCAUCGGCUGCAUCAUCGGCUUUAAGGCCUACCUGAUCGCCUGCGUGUGGAACUGCUACAGAUACGUGAGCGGCAGGGGCGGUUCUGAAAUCCUGCUCUACGUCACCACCAACGACACCACAGUGCUGCUGCCUCCGUAUGAUGACAACAUCAGCGUCCCAUGCAAACAGGCUCCUCCGUCCUACAUCUCCACUGAGGCGACGGCAUGAAAACAUUCCGAUGUUGGGAUCCUGCAGAUCGGAUCCUCCCGUUAGCACUCGAUACGACACACUCCAGCAAAACGACGCACCACACUGCCUCUCCAGUUAAUACUAUGUUCACAAAUAUCCACGAUGGCACACAUCGCUCAGCGAUCUCCCAUUCCAUCUCGGCGUUACUGACCAACUUGUAAUUUAUCAUUUCUCUUCCUCCCAGGUUUAUCCAGGAGCGAAUAGCAUUGUAUGCUGUAGAUUCUGGCUGAAAUGACAUGAAAGCUGUAGGAAGUCGCAUAGAUUACAUAUAUUUUUGUGAAUUCUAUUUAUUUUUUGUGCGUUUGUAACAGUAUUAUAUGGGUCUGAUUUAUCUAGUCAUAUUUAUGUUAUGCUCAAUGUAACAGUAGCUGUGUUUCCAUUACAAAUGUGCACAAAUCUUUGUAAAAAAAAAAAAACGAAACUAAAUUUUGCAAUUGUGAAAAAACGUGUUUCCAUCAAAUAAGAAAUUAAGCUAAAGCCACAUAUGAAUAAGUUUGUUCACGCAAUGUCUUUACAAAACAUGGCGGCGACGAAUGUAAACAGUUACAUUAGAAAUAUUCAUAAUUCAUCAGAAACAUUGCAUCUACAGAUCCUACGUAUCCAGCGUUUUGGGGAAAUAAUAGUCUGCGAUUUUACACAAGAGUUAUGGAUUCAAAACAUUUGAAUGACACACAUAUUUUUAUUAACUAUAUAAUGCUGUGAGAGCUCUGGGAGAGCUGUUGGGAGCUCUGGGAGAGCGUGUUGUCAGAAAAAAUAAAAAGCACACCAUCAUCCUGCUACCACUUCCCGUCGUCUUCUUUGUCGUUUCCGCCAGUAGUAACAUCCAGCUAUUGAUCACUUAAUGCGAAAAAAGUCACAUAAAAAAGUUAACUGUUACAUCUAUACAUCUAUUUUGUAUGAAAUACAUGGAUUUCAUUUGACUGAAGAACCACCUCAUCACACUGUAAAAACCUUUUUAUCGAAACCAGUGAGUUUUUUCGAAAUUGGCAUGUUUCUGUUUAGCGAAUUUAUCUUUAGAAUUUAAAUGUGCACAAUUCUAUAGUUAAUGGAAACGCAGCUAGUGAACGGUAUGGAUCAGCGUGGGAAUGGAUACGGAGUUAUUCGGUAUCGGUCUUGUCUGCUCGUGAUCAGGGUUGGAUUGCCUUCACUCUCUCUUUCUCUCUCUUUUUCUCUAUAAUGGGUUGCACUUUAUCAGCUCGUGUAUGAAGUGUCCCCUUAACUUGAAGUUUUCCAAAGAGAUGUAUCUGCCUGUAUUCUGACAUGAUCAAAGAGCUGCCCUAAUGUACAUCACCAAGCAUAUCACCUCUUUUUCUGUGUUCUUUUUGACUGAUUACGUGGCUGUAACCUGCAUCGUAGCGUUGUGAACUUUUAACCACGUUUCUACCGACCGACGAAGAACAUCUUAGCUUAGCUUCACUUUCUAUUUUUAAAGCAUUGGAGGUGCUGAUCUGAAAUCAGUUUGCUGUGUGAAUGCGGGGAAACUGGAGCGUUGGAAAAGCAGGUCCUGCUUGUGUUUUAUCAAUCAAAGAAAAAGAAAAAAGCUGCUUUUUGCUCUGUGUAAACAUUACACAACCAUGUUCCACCAGAAGGACUUGUUGCUGCCUGAAAACAAAACGUUCUGCAAGGAUGCAAAAGUCUCUGUUUUAUGGAAAUAAUUGAUGUGAUAUUUUUGUCUAUUAAAACCAAAUUUCCUGAA